AUGGAUGUCGUAGUUCAUGAGUGCGAUGACCCUCUUUGCAACGAGCACCAAGACAUUUUCAAAAAUGCCGAGAUUCGUCGCAUUAAGGAUACGACCCGUUUCAAGUCCCAGCCUCGCGACAGUGCUGUUCUUGGUUACGAGAAGCAAUUGAGGAGCGUCAAGAUCACGCCUCGCAAGAAUUCGAUGAUCGACCUGACCCGACCUUGCAAAUUUGACCAAGAAGAGGUUCCCAGCGGCAAAGACCAGCAUAAGAAUUUGCAGCAGCAACCUCGAGACGUCGACACCGCUAUCAUUCACGACCCUGCUGUCGUCAUGAUCGGUGUUCGGGAUGUCGAGAAUCUCACCAACGCAACACUUGGCCAGACUGAGCGCUUCCAGGAGCUCCUUCGCAAGCUUCACAAAUCUGCGCCUGGACAUCUACCUCCAGUUGCUGUGAGUAAUGAUGGGAUAGACCGCCCAAGACAAGACACUGGCGAUUCUGGCGAUUCUGGCAUCGACGUCAGAAGUCCAAUCAAACGGUCUCUCAACCCGUUGGCUAAGGAAUUUGCAGCCUUUUCUUCUCAUGAAAACCCAGUCGUCGCAGAGAAGCGCGGAUCAGAGACCUCUAUGAACAUUCCUCUCUCGAUUCUCAAGCAAAUCAUGGGUCAGGGUGACAAAGUCACGGCUAUGGAUGGCAACCCUGAAUUAGGCCUGAACGAAACGAUUCUCAACACGAUCCAAAGAUUCGGAAUCCCAAACGUACAGCCGAAGUACAUAACGCCGCCUUUGGCAUUCUCUUCCCCCACGAUGGUGCCUCAUCCUCCUCCACCAUCCAUGGUGUCGUCCUUAGGUUCGUCUCCUAUCCCUUCAGGGGUGAGCCUGCAAAGUGGUAUGGCAAUGCCUCCCUUUAGCCCUUUCGCAGGAUUGCAGCCCGCGCCAGCCUUCUCACACUUUCCGGGCUUUGCCAAUCCGGCGAUGCAGAACAUGCCCAUGGCUCCUCCCACACUUGGGCCACAGUUCAGUCCUCAUGGAUUCUUUCCAUCUUCGUCAGGCUACGGACCGCCAAUCAACGCUCACAUAGCUGGUCGUCAAUUCAACGCCGGCCCUGCCGUUCUGGGAUCCCCAUUUGCCCCGAGAAUGGACACAACGCCGCCGUUCAACCCGAACUCAGGAUCUUUCAACCCCGCUCAAGCAUCGACUUUCGUCCCUAGCAAGGACAUACAUCCCCCGCCGAAGCCGCGUGUGCCUGAUGCCAUGGGUCAGCAGAACUACGAGGCAUGGAUCGAGCACAAGAAAGCAACUGACCCAGCUUAUGCUCUUCAGUGCAAGCAACGCCAGGCCAACAGAAUUCGUCGAGCCGGCCCCGGGGUUUGGAAGUGA